GAGCCAGAGAUAAAUAAUUACUCAACGCAUCCAAACAAGAAAAUGAAACUUUAGAUUCAGAGAGAAUCACACAAGCAAGACCUCUACCUCGACACUUUUUUACUCUUAAACGCCUCGUUUUGUAGAAACUGUUUUUCAAUUUGAGUCCCACUUCUUCCUUCUGCAACGAGGCGUUUAGGCAGAAUAAUUUUCGAUCGAUCGAUCGAUCAAUUCCUGAGAUUUUUUGUUUGUUUUGGAUUUUUUCUUUCGUUUGUAUAAUUGAUUUUGUGGUAUGUAUUUAUAGAGAUAUAGUGAUAGAUGCAUAAUAGCGUAUAGAAUUUGUGGCGAUGGAGAAUUUGAUGAGCAAGAUUCGAAGCUUGGAUGCGUAUCCGAAGAUCAAUGAGGAUUUCUACAGCAGAACGCUGUCCGGCGGCGUUAUAACCCUAGCUUCCUCCAUCGUCAUGUUCUUGCUCUUCUUCUCCGAGCUCAGGUUAUAUCUCCAUGCAGUUACUGAGACAAAGCUUGUAGUAGAUACGUCCAGGGGAGAAAGGCUGCGGAUCAAUUUUGAUGUCACAUUUCCAGCACUUCCAUGUUCCAUGCUCAGCCUUGAUGCCAUGGAUAUCAGCGGAGAGCAACAUCUUGAUGUCAGACAUGAUAUUACCAAGAAAAGAAUUGAUGUCCAUGGUAAUGUAAUAGAAACACGGCAAGAGGGCAUUGGACAUCCCAAGAUAGAAAAACCUUUGCAAAGGCAUGGAGGCAGGCUUGAACACAAUGAGACAUACUGUGGCUCGUGCUUUGGAGCAGAAACGGCGGAUGAUGAUUGCUGCAACUCCUGUGAAGAAGUUCGAGAAGCAUAUCGUAAGAAGGGUUGGGCGUUGUCAAAUCCAGAUUUAAUCGACCAGUGUAAAAGAGAAGGGUUUCUUCAAAGGAUCAAAGAUGAAGAAGGUGAAGGAUGCAAUAUUUAUGGGUUCUUAGAUGUCAACAAGGUUGCUGGAAACUUUCAUUUUGCACCUGGGAAGAGUUUUCAACAGGCAAAUGUUCAUAUCCAUGAUCUGUUGGCUUUCCAGAAGGACAGUUUCAAUAUAAGUCACAAGAUCAAUAGAUUGGCUUUUGGAGACUAUUUCCCUGGUGUUGUAAAUCCUCUUGAUGGGUAUCUUUCUCUUCUCUUUUCCUUCCCCGAUGCGACGAUUUGGUCUUGUUCCAUCCUUCAAGAUGACAUUUCUUUUCUUAUGACUUUCAGUGUGGAAUGGAUGCAACAAACUCCUAAUGGGAUGUAUCAAUAUUUUAUCAAGGUGGUGCCUACGGUGUAUACUGAUGUAAAUGGACACAAUAUCCAAUCAAAUCAGUUCUCUGUAACUGAACAUUUUAAGGGAGCAGAAAUAGGCCGUCUUCAGUCUAUUCCUGGAGUUUUCUUCUUCUAUGACCUAUCACCAAUCAAGGUAACUUUCACGGAGCAGCACGUAUCAUUUUUACACUUCCUCACAAAUGUCUGUGCUAUAGUUGGAGGCGUUUUCACGGUUUCGGGGAUUAUUGAUUCUUUCGUAUAUCACGGGCAGAAAGCAAUAAAGAAGAAGAUGGAAAUUGGUAAAUUCAGCUAGCGAAUGAUAAUGUAUACAGUGCUGUUUGUUGGUGCUGUCUUUCCUUCUGUCAAUGAAGAUGUCCUCUUCAAGAGAGCCAAGCCAAAAUCGUGCACAAACUGUGGAAACGGCGUGGUUGGCAGACUCUCUGUCACAUCUGUGGUUCUUCUUUUGUCUGUUUUACAAUGGAUUAGAUUAGUUCAACUAGAUUUUUUGUAAUGGCCAACUCUUAUCCUAGUUUUCCAGCAAUUGUGUAUUUAUCAUGAUUGGUGCGGUUGUUCCAAAGGUAGUGAGGCUAUUUGUCAUCUCAGCAGGGAACUUUUGGUGCACCUCGGAGAAAUUAUAUUGAGCAGCGGUCGGGACGGGUUAAUAACUUGAAUGCAUUUACUUGUAGUGCUGAAGCAGUUGUUCAUCACA